AUUUAAAAACAAGAUGGCGACGUGCAUACCGCUGUCUUUAAGGAUGUCACCCCUGGUUGCGCCGGGCGUACGCUAUCUCCUGAAAGAGCAACCCGGCCCGAGAAAGCUGUUAAAGAGUUUGACGGACCUCUCCAGACGAGGGUAUGCAGCAAACGCACCGCAGGCGGUAGAGGACAACGGUGCCAACGGCAGCUUCACCGGGCCGCUGGAUCACUACAGCGGUCUCAUCAGGCAUGGCUCGCUGCGUGAGGACGAGCAUCAGAAAUCGGUGCUUCAGAAGCUGGACCAGCUGCACAAAACCAUGAGAGGAUACACCAACAUGCCGACGUCUUUCUUCUCCAAGUUUCUCACAAAACCUAAGCCUCCCAAGGGUUACUACAUCUAUGGUGAUGUUGGUACAGGGAAAACUAUGGUGAUGGACAUGUUUUAUUCGCACGUUGAGACAGAGAAGAAGAAGCGAGUUCAUUUCCAUGGCUUCAUGUUGGACGUACAUAAAAGGAUCCAUCGUUUGAAGCAGAGCAUGCCAAAGAGGAAAGCAGGGAAAAUGGCCAAAUCCUAUGACCCCAUUGCACCAGUUGCUGAGGAAAUUAGUGAGGAGGCUUGCCUUUUGUGCUUCGAUGAGUUUCAGGUCACUGAUAUCGCUGAUGCUAUGAUUCUCAAGCAGCUUUUUGAGAAUCUGUUUAUGAAUGGUGUUGUAGUGGUGGCCACCUCUAACCGUCCUCCUGAAGACUUGUAUAAAAAUGGCCUACAGAGAGUCAACUUUGUGCCUUUUAUUGCCGUGUUGCAGAAAUACUGCCAAACUCUUCGCCUGGAUUCGGGGAUAGAUUACCGCAAAAGGAAUAGACCAUCUGCUGGAAAACUCUACUUUCUCUCAAGUGAAGCCGAUGCAGAAGCUGCACUAGACAAGAUGUUCGACGAGCUGGCCUUCAAACAGAACGACAUAACACGACCAAGGGUGUUGAAUGUCCACAGCAGGAAAGUCCGUCUGAACAAAGCAUGUGGGACCAUAGCAGACUGCACUUUUGAAGAGCUGUGUGAUCGACCUCUAGGGGCCAGUGACUACCUGGAGAUAUCCAGGCUGUUUGACACCGUCUUCAUUCGACACAUUCCUCUGCUGACGCUGAAUAAAAAAACUCAAGCCAGGCGGCUCAUAACGCUUGUCGACGCUCUCUAUGACCACAAGGUGCGGGUGGUGAUUCUUGCAGAUCACCCGCUGGAGGACAUUUUUGUACAUGGAGGGGAACAGGAUCAUGACGAGAGUCACAUUCUGAUGGACGAUCUGGGGCUGAAGAGGGAUUCAGCCAGCGGCCUGUCCAUCUUCAGCGGCGAAGAGGAAGUGUUUGCCUUCCAGAGAACAGUGUCCCGUCUUACAGAGAUGCAGACAGAAGAAUAUUGGCUGGAGGGGGACAGGAGUACAAAAUCGCAGGUGUAACAUUUGGAAAAGCCAACCACUUUGCACCAGUAUGUCUUCAUCAGCCUCCUCUGCCAAGACCAGCGCAGACACAACAGUACUCCUACUCAUCUUAUCCAGCACAAACCGAACGGGGCUGUGCAACAGGGGGUGUGCAAACCAUGUACAGAGACUCGGGAUCAAAUAACCGCACAAUAUUUAUUGAAUCGUUAAAGCCUUUUAUCAUUAUAUGCUGCCAUAGCACUUUACAUUCUGUAGUGUGUACAGAGCAUUUUAAGAUGAACUUUUUGGGUGCUUUUAACUCCGUAUUGUAACUGUACAAUUGUAGUUACUUUUGUAUAUCCCUGGGAAACAGCUGGUGGACUUUUUGGAAAUGGAAUUCCAAAGGACUUAUAUUUUAUGAGGAAUUGAAGAGAAAAGUUUAAGCUAUCUCUAUUGAGAUGAUGUAUGAUCUAUUUCAAGAGUUGAAUCACAGCCAUUAAUUGUCUGUGGAAGAUUUGAUUCUAAAAUCUAAAUACAGUGGCAACAGAAUGGUUGUGGGAUGUCAGGCUUUCUAUUUUAUGAUUAUUUAAGCAAGUGGUGUCUGCAAAGUGCUUCUGUUAGAGCAUUUCACAGGUGGAUUGUACAAUAACACUAAGCCCCAUUCAUCUGGCACAUAAAAAGGCACUGGAAUCCCAGUGAAAAUGUAAAACAUGCAUGCCAAGAAAAACCCACAACUGUGUACGUUGGCGAUGAAGUGUUUUAGUUGACAUAUCAUAGACAUGGUUCUUAUAUUUUUUUGACAAAUAAGGCCAAUAACAGUUCAAGAGGCUCAUAGUACUGUAGCUGGUUGAUGUUGAAAUUGUUUCCCAUGAGCAAUGCUCUUCCUGUGUAUCAACAAAAAAGUAAAUAUUUAAAUCCACUUUACCCUUCAGUACCUAAGAACAGAACUGAGAAAUGAAAGUGAUGAAAAAAAAAACAUCUGGGGGUGUCUUGUCUCAAUAAAAGGAUUCACUCUAUAGGA